GAGUUGAUGUAAACAAGACGGCUAGACGGGAGUCAUGGAGCCUGAUAAUUUAAUAGAAGUGGAGAAACUUAACCUCAAUUUCCCUCCAGAAGUUGUCCAGGCUAUUCAAGAGAUUCUCCCCAGCGAUGACCCCUUUGAUUCACCAGAGUUCAAUACAGUGGAAUACAUCAACAACCGCUUCCCAGCAGAACAGUCGCUCCACCACAUAGACGAUGUGCUGGAGGAGAUGCGGCUGAAGAUCACUUCCACGGAUGACCAGAUUAGAACUGUCAUCCGAUCGCUAACUAAUGUGGAUCAGGAUGGAAGAGCAUCACUCUUAAAUGCGCAAGAAGCUAUUGCAGAAUUAUUUGCACGCUUCCAGGAUAUUAAGGAGAGAGCAGGGGAAUCCGAGCAGCGAGUGAAGGAGAUUACGCGUGACAUAAAGCAGCUGGACACAGCCAAGAAGAAUCUCACCACCUCUAUUACUACACUCAAUCACCUUCAGAUGUUAGUAGAAGGAGUCCAGAAAUUACAAGCCCUAAAGGCUAGAAGAGAAUAUGGAGAGAUUGCAACUCUGCUGCAAGGAGUGAUGAACGUCCUUGACCACCUCAAUAGAUAUAAACACAUUCCACAAGUGGCAGACUUAGCUCGCCAGGUUGAACAAAUUAGAGGUGACCUUGAGAAGCAGAUUUUGGAAGACUUCCAUAGAGCCUUUCAUGGACCAAAUGCUCGUCGUUUUGCUCCAACCAAGGAGUUGGCAGAAGCUUGCCUUGUGGUUUCAGAGCUCGAUCCCAAAGUCAAGAAAACUAUCAUUGAGGAUGUCAUCAAAACACAAUUAGCUGAAUACGAAGUACUCUUUGCUGGAGGAGAGAGUGAUGCUUGGCUAACAAAGGUAGACCUGAGGCGCAAGUGGCUCCUGAAAACAGCAGUGGAGUUUGAGAAAACCCUUGCUGCAAUGUUCCCUCCAUCCUGGCAGGUACCAGCACGUUUAGCACUGGCCUUUUGUGAAGUCACAAGAUCUCAGCUGUCUCAUGCAAUGGAGUUGAGACCACAGGACAUAGAUGUUGGCACAUUGCUACAUGCUCACAAGAUAAUGUCUGAACUUGAAAGCCUCCUUGUGAGAAAAUACACCAGCUUCCAGCCUCAUGACCGAACUCCAAAGUCAUCUGUGUCUACCAAUCCUUUUGUGGAGGAUGAGCAGUCGAGCAAAACAGAAAACACAAACCCCUUUGAGGAGGCUGCAUCCCCAGGAGAGACGCUGGUGUCCCCCUUCAGUGGAGCAGUGUGUCGUUGCUUCCAGCCUUACCUCAGGAUUUAUAUAGAAAGCAUGGACAAGAGACUGAAUGAACAGAUUGAGAAGUUUGCCAACGAUAUGAAGAGUUAUAAGUUUGAACACAUUGAUGCAGAGGAAUCUAAUGUUGUACCUUGCUGUGGAGAGCUGUUCACCAUAUACAAAAAUGUCCUUGUUGAAUUUCUCCGUCUUGGGCCCGGAGAGAGUAUGGGAGGAUUGGUCGAAGUGUUACAGAAACAUCUGCGAGAGUUCUGCACCAAAGUGCUUAGAGCAGCACUUCCAAAGGUUGGAGCAAACAUCCCAAUGCCUAAGGACAUUAACAUGAAAGAGCUCACUGCUGUAUUGGCACAAGUCCAAACACUGUGGCGUGAAGGCGACACUCCGAAGCUAAGUGAGGAUGACGUACGAAGAGUGUGCUCAGUGCUUGUGUCAGCUGAGUACUGCGAAGAGAUGACAGGAAGGCUGGAGGCCAAGUUGAAGGAGAGGAGUCCACCUGCAUUAAUGCACACCAUCAGCCUUACCCAUGAACAGGAUUUGUUCCAUGCAGUGCUGGCUCAGUGCAUAGCCCUCCUUGUGGCCCAUGAGGAGAGCCUUUGUGACCCUGCUCUGGCCUCCAUGACCAAGAUCAACUGGAUGAUGGAGCAGACGGGUGACCAGAGCCCUUAUGUUACAGCCAUCUCCCAGCACAUUUCAUCGUCCAUUCCUCUAAUCAGGCACAACCUUCACACUUCCCGAAAGUACUUCACAAGGUUUUGCGACAAGUUAGCAGCUGCAAUUCUGAACAAAUUUGUCCAACAGGUUUACAAGUGCCGUCCAAUUAAUAGUGUUGGGUGUGAACAGUUGCUUCUUGACUGCCAUGCACUUAAGGCUGUCAUGUUACAGUUACCUGUAGUAGCAUUGCAGAUGCGGCGUGACCCUCCCCAGACAUAUACACGAAUGGUUGGCAGAGGCAUGGCACGAGCAGAACUGGUACUGCAGGUUGUGAUGGGUGAAUAUGCAACACACAAUGACCUUGUUGAUAAGUUCAUUCGUUUACUACCAGAUGCAACAAUUGCAGACUUCCAGAAGGUACUAGAGAUGAGAGGUGUAAAGGACCGUGCCUCAGUGCUAGAGCUCUACCGACAACGGACCCUCGGAAAUUCAACAGAAUCUCCUCACCGAGCGCAGGUUUCGCCAGGCAGCAGCAGCCAAGUAGCAGCGCAACUCCCACCCAGCCAAGCCUCACCUGUGGUCAGCUCAACAGCCAACUCAAGCCCAGAGCACGAGAUGAGCAAGAUUGCACGGCUAGAGAGGAUGCUGAAGUCACGUAGACUGAUAUCCUAAAGGGAAUUUCAGUUGUGAGCAGAAAGGAGCAAAAAUGUGUAUCAGCACUGGGAUUCUGAUUAGAUUUCUUGUUUGGUUUUAAGUCUAUCACUUUCUUGUAUACUGAAAUCAUCAGUGAAGUUACAAGCACUAGAAUGAACCGCUAUGACCGAUUCCAAAGAAGUAAUCCGAAUUCAGAUUGCGUAACUUGGCCAAAGUUAAUAGCUCAGAGUAGGCUUUAUUCCUAUUAUUACUGGUACUGGCAAAAGUUAUUUAUGAACAAAUUAUUUGUUUUAUGUAUAGAAUGUGUUUGUAAAGUAAGGUAAUCAUGGAGAAGUAUGUACUUAGUGCACCCAUUUUGUAAAUGUUGAUUAUGUAAAUAUGUAUGCUGUUAGUCAAUGAGAUAUUUAAUCAUAAUAAAACAUUCUUAUAACACA